AACACGUUGCUACGUAGCACCAUCAUCAACGCAAGUCUUAGUUCCACUGAAGGCGAUUGAAGGCUUGAACUUGUCGCUCCUUCCGUCCACUCAAUCUCUAUUUCCCAUCAUGAUGGCUCGUGCCCGUUAUGCUAUACUUGUGCUGGUCAUAAUUGCUGUUUUGCACUUCACUUUCAGCUACACGAAUGAAGGAUAUGGAAAUGCGACCUCCAUUUCGAACCUAAAGAAUGCAUUAAAGCCUGGCAAGCCCGACAAGCCACCUUACAAGGACCCCGUUCCCGACGAAUAUUAUGUGAAGGAGGACAUUACUUCGCCACAAGGUCGAAGGGCAAACGCUACGUUCGUGCUGCUCGCCCGAAAUUCUGAUCUCAAUGGCGUCGUUACCUCAAUGAAGCAAAUGGAAGAUCGCUUCAAUAAGAAAUUCCGAUACCCAUAUGUGUUCUUGAACGAAGAGCCUUUCUCAGAUGAAUUUAAAGAGCGGGUUUCUCGACUCACUGACGCUGACAUCAAGUUUGGCCUGAUUCCACAUGACCACUGGUACCAACCUAGUUGGAUUGACGAGGAAAAGGCAAAGGCCAGUCGUGAGGACAUGGUUAAGAACAAUGUCAUCUAUGGAGGCAGUGUACCGUAUGUUGCCAUCUUCAUCUGCUCGCGCUUGAUCUCAACCCUCUUAAAACCAGCUAUCGAAAUAUGUGCCGAUUCAACUCAGGAUUCUUCUGGAGAAACGAUUUGCUCAAAGAGUACAAAUACUACUGGCGUGUCGAGUGAGGAGUCAAGUAUCCAUAGAUUCUAA